UAACGAAGAGCAGAAAACGUCGAACGUAUACUUACAUAAACGUUUUCAACGUCGCAUAGUUCAUUCUCAUCUUUAUCUCGUGGCCUUUUAUUGACGGUGACACAUUACGUUGUUUUGUCUUGGCAAUUUAUUGUUGUACACGAACUAAAACAGUGGCCAUUUGGUGUGUUGAUUUUUUGCCUUUAGCCAACGGAUAUUUUAAGUUUUACUUCAGUGUGUUAUUGCAUAGGAAUCUGCUGUUGUUCACUAUUUCCAUGAAAAGAUUUUGGUGUUAGUCAGGGCUACUCUUUCUUGCCCAAAUCAUUUUGUGUAUUUGAAAACACUUGGAGACAGAGUAAUGGCGAGUUGAAGCCAAUAUUGGUUUACAAAGUGCUCAAGCCCAGGAGGAAUCAUGCAAUUCAAGAAAUCCAAAAUCUUUUUUAGGACAUCGUCUGUAUUUUUGCCAAUACUUAUAAGCAGCUUGAUAACCACAGCAUCGAGCGAAGCGAGUAUUGCGCGGUUGACGGGUGGGGACGGGCGGACGACGGGUCGGGUGGAGGUGUCCCGCAACGGCACUCACUGGGGCACAGUCUGUGAUGAUCUCUGGUCUGACAAAGAGGCACAGGUCGUCUGUCGCCAGCUAGGCUUCCAGUGGGGCACAGCGCACUCUAGUGCGGCGUUCGGUGAGGGACACGGUGAUAUCUUCCUGGACAACGUGCAGUGCACGGGUACAGAGACGAACCUUGGAGAGUGCCAGCACAAUGGUUGGGGAAACAACAACUGCAGACACUACGAGGACGCCGGCGUCUCUUGCUACAACAGCUCAGUGAGAUUGAAAUCCAGAGGCCGAACACAUGUUGGGACAGUUGAAAUCCGUACUAACGAUGGCUGGGUGGAGGUGUGUGACCAGGACUGGGACCAUCUCGAGGCAAAGGUCGUGUGCCGCGAGAUGGGAUUCGUGGAUGGCAUCGCCAAGUGCUGCUCCACCCUCGGUGUUGAUCAAUCUUCCUCCAGUCCUAACAAGGCGUUCACACAGUUUCAGUGUACCAGCCUGGAGAAAAGGCUCAUUAAUUGUACCCACGUCACCAUGCAGACAAAAUGUGCACCAGAACACAGGGCCUCUGCCAUAUGUUAUGAUAAGCCACUCAGUGAGGUAGACAGAUCUUUUGAUGUGCGCCUGAACAACAACUCCUACUGGGGCGAGGUGAAUGUUCGACAUGAGGGUGUGUGGGGGCAGGUGUGUGCCAUGGGAGACAACUGGAACGACAAAGCUGCCAGGGUUGUGUGUCGUCAGCUGAACUUCACGGGUGGGCAGGCGUACGGGACGGUGAAUGAGACGUUCAAGCCCAGCUGGAUUAUGGACAUGAAUUGUACGGGGGAGGAAAAGUCCCUCAAGGACUGCGCCAAGAAACCCUGGGGUCAACCCUCACGAUCUUGCAAACCUGCAUAUGCCUUGUGCUAUAACAAAGGCAUCUCUAUUGCCCUGAAGGAUGGGGGUUUAUAUUAUGGGCGGGUGGAGAUAACACACGACAACCAUACAGGAACUAUCUGUGAUAAGGCCUGGUCCAGCAGUGAUGCCCGUGUAAUCUGUAAACAGCUGGGAUUUGCUGAUGGAGACCCGGUUACAGGUUCUUUCUAUGGAGAGGGGAAAGGCCCAAUUAUGCUGAGUGGGAUGGGUUGCUAUGGUUACGAAACCAGCAUUGUUCACUGUCGUAACAAGGGCUGGAUGACAUACGAUAGUUCAGUGUGUAACCACACGAGGGACGCCUCUGUCAUCUGCUACAAAAAUGUUCGUUUAUCCCGGGGUGACCACUCACACGGUGUUGUACAGAUCAUGGAGGAUAACUGGUCUGUGCUGUGUGGGGAGGGUUUCACUGACAAGGAGGCCAAGAUGGUCUGUAAACAGCUUGGCUUUCAGAAUGGGACGGCUCUAGCUAUGGGAUCAUUUGGCACGUUCUAUGGGAGGUAUGUACGACCAAAUGUGUCUUGUGUGGGAGAUGAGGAUUCAAUCAUAGGUUGCCCAUACGAUAAAUUUCGCGCCUGUCAGAAGGACUCCUUCCUCGGGUAUGCUGUUGUAUCCUGCUUCAAUGGACAGCCAAGUAAAGAACAAACAUUACGUCUGGAGGGUGGUGGUAUUGAUAACCAGACAGGCCGAGUCACCAUCAAGCAGUUCGGAAUCUGGGGCCGCGUCUGUCCUAACUCCUGGGAUGACAAUGACGCCCAAGUUGUCUGCAAGAGUCUUGGAUACCUUGGCGGGGUCGCUUACAAGUACACUUCUUCAGGUUACGGGCCAUACACACUUGGCAAAGUUGAUUGCCUUGGUAAUGAGAAAAACCUGUUUGAGUGCCCAGUGAACCCAGGGCUUUGUGACGCUCAGUUCUCUUCCGGGGACGCGGGCGUUCUCUGCUACACAAUCAGGAAGCCUGCCCUGCGGUUGGUUGGUUCGGCUAACACGGGUCACUUAGAGAUUAUACUGGACAGCUUCACCGGUACCAUCUGUGACUUUGGUUGGUCUCGCUACGACGCUAGUGUUGCAUGUAAACAGCUUGGCUUCCAGGAUGGUGAACCCAGGAGCCACUUCCCAUCUAAUGGAGCAACAGUGGUGAUGUCGUCUAUGGGUUGUUAUGGAGGAGAGAGCUCUAUAUUCAUGUGUCGAAACCCUGGAUGGCAGAAAAAUAUUGAUGAGCGUUGUUUCGAGGCAAAUAGGAAUGCUGGAGUAUUCUGUUAUAAUAAUGUGCGUAUCUCGGGAGGCCAAACCAAUGACAACACUACAGCAGGCAAGGUUGAAAUGUUUUACCAUGGCAACUGGGUAACAAUGUGUGCGAACGAUUUUGAUGAUCGUGACGCCAAGGUUGUAUGUAAGGAACUUGGCUUCCCGAACAGCAAGGCUCUAGUGCCAGGAGCUUUUGGUAGGCGCUACUACUCGGACUAUGUUGUGGGUUUUAAUUGUACUGGCUCUGAGAUAACCAUCGUCAACUGCGGUUUUAACGAGACAGGGAAGUGUGAUGACAAAUCAUCCAACUAUGCUUCUGUGCUGUGUUCCAAGUUUGCAAUUGAUAACACGGACAUCCAUGUGUUACCCUUUGACUCAUUUCCUGCAACUGUUGUGGUUGAGAAGCACGGCAUGAACGGGACAAUCUGUGCCGAGGGCUGGGACAAUAAGGACGCCGACGUCCUUUGUAAGCAGCUCGGAUAUGCAGGGGGAGGUGUUGCAUUCGGACCGCAGUAUUCUGGUUCCAGCACGCCAAUAUGGAUGACGAAUGUGGAGUGUAAUGGCACAGAGGAGACAGUUCAGAAGUGUAACUUCCAGAAGACGCCCACUCCGGGAUGCCUCUCCAACCACAUGGCCGCCAGGAUCUACUGCUACGAAGGACUUGGCUUUGCCGUGCGUCUUGUGAAUGGCAGCUCUCUCUCUAAUGGUCGUGUGGAAGUAUCAUACGGGGGCCAGUGGGGCACAAUCUGCGACUCCUACUGGGCGGACAACGAUGCUCGUGUCGUGUGUAGACAGUUGGGAUUCAUGGAUGGCGUUGCUCAGCCAAACUCAUACUACGGACCUGGAGCAGGUCCAUCGUGGCUUUACUAUGUGCGAUGUGACGGUGAUGAGAAAUCGAUAUGGUCGUGUACCAAUAGUGGGUUUAACGUCAGCCAUACCUCAUGUAGAAAUCACAAGUAUGAUGCCAGUGUAUACUGUACAGACAGAGUGCGAUUGGAGCCAAACGUAACAUAUGGAGCUGUACAGAUCUGGAAGUCCGGUAACUACCGACUGGUCUGUGCUGACGAAUUUGGUGACAUAGCAGCCAAGGUCGUCUGCAGAUCUGCCGGCUACCAAAAUGGCAUCAGUGUCUGCUGCUCAGCUUUUGGGCCUUUGAAAUAUGACAUUGGCUACAUGAAUUUUAAGUGCACUGGUGAGGAAACAUCAAUCCUUGACUGCAGUUUCACUGUGGGUGAUACAGGCUGUGCUAGUGGGAAAUACGCGUCGGUCGCUUGCUCUGAUCAACCAGCUAAUGGAGAUUAUGAACUGGAGCUGAAGAGUCACAAUCGUGGUACAGUCGGAAUCCGGCACUUUGAGAUCAUGGGCUAUAUCUGUGCGGACGGGUUUGAUGAUGCUGAUGCGAAGGUUAUCUGUCGAGAGAAGGGCUUUCAGGGAGGGUUCGCCUUCUUCCAAGCCAGAUAUGGGAGCCCGAAGGGUAUCCCAUGGUUGUCCAAUGUGAACUGCACAGGCCAGGAGAGCAACUUAGGACGUUGUGGUAACAUCCGAUGGGGCUCAGUGGACCAGUGUAGGUCAGACCUGGAACCGGCUGUCUCCUGCUACCAGAAAACAGGGUAUAAGUUUAAGUUGGUAAAUGGCACAAGCAUGCUGUCUGGUCGCGUCGAGAUGAACAUAGACGGGGAAUGGGGGACGGUGUGUGGAACCUCCAAGUUUAACAACAAAGCAGCUCAUGUGCUGUGCACGGAGCUCGGCUACACUAGUGGGAGAGCAUUGGACAACGGCUUUUUCGGGGAGGGGAAGGGAAGGAUCAUGAUGCCAUACAUAAGAUGUAGGGGCAACGAGACCUCCCUCUUGAAGUGUGGCGUGAAGAUAGAACCAAAGGAUGCUCUGUACGAAGACAGGGGAAGACUGAGCUUUGUGUCCCGCAGCACAUAUUACACAUGCAGAACCCACACACAGGAUGCAGCUGUACAGUGUUCCAACAAAGUUCGUCUAUCGGGCACAAAGGAUCUCAACUACGGGAUCCUGGAGCUCUACAUCGAUGGUCACUGGAAGGCUGUAUGUGACAAAGACUUUACUGAAGUGGCCGCCAGGGUGGCAUGCAGGCAACUCGGAUACAAGGACGGCAGAUAUUUGCCAGGGUCAGCACUUGGUACAGAGGAGAAUGAGAAUAUUUCUGUGUACGACCUUACAUGUAACGGCGGGGAAACCAACCUGGACAAGUGCAAAUGGCAUAUCGGAGAGUGUCCGUCUAACAGCUAUAUCACUGUCUACUGCAACGAAUCCAUUAUUGUACCCAAGGAAAAGCUGGAGCUAAAGCUUCAAACAGGAGUUUACUAUGGUUCCCUGCUUGCAAACAAGUAUGGGUUCUGGGGACCAAUAUGUCCUAAAGGCUGGUCUGACAGCACUGCCAGGGCUUCAUGUAGACAACUUGGAUUUAUCGGAGGGGUCGCGUACGACGGGACUGCAACCAUAUCCUCCCCAAUGGUUCUUGGCAACUUCAAGUGCUCGGACUCCCUAACAUCCAAUCAGAAUUUGUCAGAUUGUACCUACAGCAAGUUUAAUGAGAACAUUGGAUGCAGCUAUGCAGCGGAACCAAGCAGAAGACCAGUAGCAGGGGUCCUGUGCUUUAACCAUGAAGAGGGUGUCAAAUUCAGAGUCGAUGAUGCAGGACGUGUUCAAAUAAUGUUUAAUGGCCAGUGGGGCCGUGUUUGCAAUAGCAGCUGGGGAAACAAGGAAGCCGGAGUGUUCUGUAGAACACAGGGAUACAUAGAUGGUAUCGCCAAGAAAUUUUCUAACAGAAGCGAAGGUCAUGUAUGGAUGAACUACAUCAAUUGUGAUGGGUCCGAAACAUCCAUUUUGGAGUGCAACAAUGAUUGGACACCUGGAUCAGACAAUUGUGAUGAUGCUGGAGUAACCUGUCUUGACUCAGUGAUGCUGACAAAGGGCGAUUUCAAGAGUCAUGGUGCUGUGGAAGUGAACUUUAAGGACCACUGGGGUCUGGUCUGUAACAAAGACUGGGACCAGAAGGAUGUUGAUGUCACCUGCGGACAGCUUGGCUAUGAGACUGGGCUUCCACUGUGUUGUGCUCCAUAUGGUUACAUCAAAUCUCACGGUAUGAUGGAAGGGUUACAGUGCAAGGGGUCUGAGGCCCGCCUCACAGAUUGUCCCCACAGCCCACCAUAUGGGGUCAUGUGCUCAAUGGACUAUGCGGCGGCAGCCUGCUAUAACAGGUCCACAUUGGAAAAGGCCAGUACUCCCGAGAUCUCCAUAUCUGGCAAAAAUGCGGCAGGAACUGUAGAGGUCAAGUUCCUCAACAUUACAGGACGCAUCUGCGCUGACGACUGGGAUGACAAUGAUGCCAAGGUGGUCUGCCGGCAGCUUGGAUAUGCCAAUGGUCAAGCAUACUACCACUACAAAUGGAGCACAGGUCGGGGAGAGAAUGCCCCUUUCUGGACUUCACAAGUCAAUUGUACAGGAAAUGAACAGAAUUUCGAGGAAUGUCAAAAAGUCAAAUAUGGGCAGGUCAAAGAUUGUAUCGGUCGGCAUUAUGCAGGUGCUCUGUGUUAUCAAAAAUUUGGUGUUGCAUACAGGAUUAGUGGCGGUGGACGAGAGUAUGGUAGGGUAGAGGUUUCUGUUGAUGGCACAUGGGGCACAGUCUGUAAUCGUUACUGGGAUGUGAAUGAUGCAAAAGUGCUCUGCCGCUACUUUGGUUUCAUGACCGGGUUUCCACUAUACACAGGAAAGUUUAGUGGAACACCUCCAGACAAGGUGUAUGAGUCGAAUCUGCACUGUAAAGGCAAGGAGGAGAGCUUACAAAUGUGUCCUCAUGAGGGCUGGGAACAGGAUAAGCCAGACAAAAAUUGCAAGGACCACUCAAAAGAUGCUGCCGUCUACUGCUAUACCACAGUGAAACUGGGUUCUGGUGUUGGAAAGCACAUUACCAAUGGUCCAGUGUUGUAUUAUGACAAGGACAGAUCAGUCUGGGAGGCAGUCUGUGACAAUGGAUUUACUGACUACAGUGCUGAGCUUGUAUGCAAAGAAUUGGGAUUUGCGGGCGGUAGGGCUAUUCUCAGUUCUGCUUACGGGAAGAUUUAUGAGGACAUCAUGGAGAACAAGACUCUAUCUUGCAACGAGAAGUCUACGUCAAUCGAGGAAUGCCUGGCAGAAGGAGAGUGUAACCAGACAGAUAACUAUGCAUCUGUCGCCUGCUUCAAGGAACAAGACCCUCCCCUUAAUGAAGAUUAUAGUUUUGACAUAGAGAAGGGUAAUGCAGGGGAUUAUUCUGGUCCCGUCACAGUCCGACAUUAUGGCUUGUUUGGAAAGAUCUGCUCCGAGGGUUGGGAUGAUACAGAUGCACUGGUGUUCUGCCGCAGCCGUAACUAUCAGCGCGGUAUGGUGACCCACCAGGCAGACAAUGAGUUCUCUCCCCUGAAUGGAAGGGGUCCUUACUGGAUCAGCGACGUGCAUUGUGAGGGCCACGAACCCUACCUGAACAACUGCACAUUUAAGGACAGGCUUGAUACAAAGAAUUGCUCCAGUAGGACCAAUGCUGCGGUGCUGUGUUACAAUGAUGAUGGAAUCAAGUACAGGAUAGCUAAUGACCUUCACCCUGGUGUAAAAUCUGAAGGUCGUGUGGAGAUCGCCAUAAACAGUGUCUGGGGGACGGUGUGUGAUGCCUCCUGGGAUGACACGGAUGCCGGAGUCUUCUGUAGACACAUGGGAUUCCAUGACGGAUAUGCUCUCAAAGGCAACGAUUACGGUGAGAGCAAGGUAAGCCCUAUCUGGAUGAGCCAUCUUAAGUGCACGGGCACGGAGCCUAGCCUGGACAAGUGUCCGCACCGGGGCUUCAACAGUGGCAUUGUUGAUGGCUCCCUCGGCUGGUGGAAGUGCAAGUCUCACAAGGACGAUGCUGCUGUAUACUGUAUCAAUGAUCUGAAACUCAGUGGAAAGGCGAACUCCACUUCUGGUGCAGUGUUGGUUUACAGGAACAAGAAUUGGCACGCAAUCUGUGCUGAUGACUUUGACUCACGUGAUGCCCGGGUUGUGUGUCGAACACUUGGAUUCAAAGAUGGCAACACAGUUGCGGGUUCCUCAUUUGGAAAUGUGUCGGAAGCAAUUGGUGUAAACUCUGUCGAGUGUGAUGGAGGCGAGUCGGUAUUCAACGACUGUAAGAUGACUUUAAAUCCGGCCUGUCCGUCUGCGCUCUAUGCUUCCGUCUAUUGUGACAAAAACAAUAUCUUCGACAAGGGAUUCCAUGUGCGUAUCAACCCUGACUACGGGAAGGCUUCACACAGUUACCAUGGUUAUGUUGAAGUCCACAUAGAGGGGCAAUGGGGAACGGUGUGUGGGGAAGGAUGGAACGACAAGGCUGCCGACAUCACUUGUAAACAGAUGGGAUAUUCUGGUGGUGUAGCAUACAGACCACCAAAGAACAUCUCAAGCCCAAUCCUGAUGGACAAGGUUGUGUGUGACGGAAGUGAGCCAUCCCUCAAACAAUGCUCACACAGGGAGUGGACGGCCGCCUCAACCUGUGACUUCUACAGCCAACGUGCAGGCGUCUUCUGUUAUAAUGACACAGGUCUGCAGUACCGUUUAGGAAGCGGUGAGAUUGACCACGGUCGCGUGGAGAUCAUGUACAACGGUGAGUGGGGCAGCAUCUGUGAUUGGCUUUGGGACUCAAGGGAUGCGCGCGUCUUCUGCCGUAACAUUGGUUACGUAGACGGCCUGGAAGUGACAGGUGCACGGUAUGGCCAUGUGGAGGGUCCCCUUUGGUUUACCCGCGUUAGUUGCCGAGGGGAUGAAGAGAGUAUUCUUCAGUGCCGGCACACCGGUUUCAACAGCUCAGAUGAGAUGGAGGGGGUGUAUGCUGGACUCUGUAGAACACGGUCUCAUGACGCAUCUGCAAGGUGCUUCGACAAAGAGCUAGAAGUGAAAGAUAUUCGACUUGUAAACAAGAAGGGUGACCCGAAGUACGGGAGAGUGGAGGUCUAUCUAUCUGGCGCAGAGGAGUGGGGCACCGUCUGUGAUGACUACUGGGACGAUGUGGAUGCAACCGUUGUCUGUAAUCAGCUAGGAUAUGCAGAGGGCACCGGAGUCAAAGGUGCCCAUUUUGGUCGUGGGAAUGGACCUGUUUGGAUGGACAAUUUACGUUGCCAUGGUAACGAGUCCAGGAUCCAGGACUGCCCACACAACAGCUUUGCUGUGCAGAACUGUAACCAUGGCGAAGAUGCUGGUGUUUACUGUACAGGUAAUUUUACUGAGGAAGCCAAAUUGAACACCACAGAAAAAGUGAUAAUAACGAGGGAAGUAGCGCAGGGCGGCUCUGGGGUUAUUAUUGCGGUCACUGUGUCCAUUAUUGUUGUGCUGGUGGCCGUCAUAGCUGUGGGUGUGUAUGUAUUGUGGAGGCGUUCCCGGCCACACGGCGAGAUCAAGAAAGUGUUGGUGCACAAUGACGAGAACGAUCCUAAUUCUGCCCCUCCUCAAACAGGGGCAGAUGGCCGGGUUACGUUGUCUAAGUUGAAGGCACAUUUCUCAAAAUCAAAGUUGAAUAAUGAAGGAGAUGAGCCUGAUUCCAAACAAGGGGCAGCAGCGGGUGGAGUAACUAACCCUGUGUAUAUGGAGGACCGGGAUAAGGGGAUUAUCAUGGAGGAAACAAACAUUGAACAACCCCAGUCGGUCGGGUUUGACAUAUAAUGUUUAAAACCCAGAUCCACGUGAGUUAUAAUAGAAUCUCACUAUUGUUUAAGCAAAAAUGCAAAUGCUUUUCAGAAGAGAGAAUUGAUUAUAAGAUGUAAAAUCUUUGCUAUGUGACUUUGCCAUGUGACUUUGUUAUGUACUUUUUGUACGAGUUGCAGCUAUUACUGAAGGAAACCUGGUGAAAGCAGGAAAACAAUAUAUCUGAUGUCUGAUAACUACUUGCCAUCAACAUUUUAUGAAAUGUUUGUUUUUCCUCAUUAUAUUUUCAGCUCGUCUAAAAAGGGGUUGGGUGUAUUAAGAUUGCCAUGGUGUCCUUGUCUUCUGUCAUGUUAUUUUCUUAUUGCAAUUUUUUUAACCAUUGCUUUAACUCAAAUGUCGUAUAUCACCAAAGACAAUAAGCACAUGUAAAGGAAGGCUCACAAUUCCGGCCUAAAUAAUAAGUUAUUCCCUUGUUCAACUGAAAAAGAGGAAUGUUGGCAUAUUCUCCGUGCAGUGUUUGUUUUUCUUUUUUCUUAUGUGAAGUAUAUUGAACAAACAAUUGUUUAUAGGACGAUUUUGCAUGCUAAAACUGUUUGUAUUAUCAUAUAUAUUUUGUUUCAGCAUCCUACAAGAAUGAAAAAUGCUUUAAGAAGUCUGUCAGCUACAAAGUGUAUGUUUUGUGUGUUAAAUAUUAAAGUAGAUCAAUGACAAUUACUAUCAACAGUUUGCACAUAAGAUACUCUGUCAAAGCCAUAAAAAUAGGUAUCUUAACAGUUAUACCCCUUGCACCUUGAAUUUACAUUUGCUUGAUAUUAUGUAUGUUUAGAUAAAAUAAAAAUGCAAUUGUAUGUUCUUUUUCCUCUACAUGCAAUGUACAUAUUUUUAUAAUGGAUAUUGUACAUGUAUAGCAUGAAUCUAACAUUCUACAAAAGUGAUUUAGAGUCCUAAUAAUUGUGUGUACACACACGACGUGUGCACAUUUCCACUAUAAAAACAAUGAUUGUUUACUUUUGUUUUCAGGAUUUUGUCAAGAAUGUAUAAAAUAUAAUACUUGUAGACUGGUUUUGAGGUAUAUGCCAUAUUCUUUCACAUGAGCACAAACAGCUCAAGCUGAGUUAUUGUAAAUAGUUGUUAUUAAACCAUAAACAUUU